ACGAUGACUUAUACCACUGGUCUGUUGAGUCGUAUUCAGACUUCUGGGCUGAGUUCUGGAGUUUCAGCGGAAUCGUCUUCUCUCGCGCAUAUGAUGAGGUUGUGGACACAUCGAAAGGAAUCGCAGACAUCCCCGAAUGGUUCAAAGGCAGUCGCCUCAACUAUGCCGAAAACCUGCUGAGACACAGGGAGAAUGACAGAGUGGCCCUCUAUGUCGCAAGGGAAGGCAAGGAGGACAUUGUGAAGGUGACUUUUGAAGAGCUGAGGCAGCAAGUGGCAUUGUUUGCGGCAGCAAUGAGGAAGAUGGGUGUGAAGAAAGGAGAUCGGGUUGUGGGCUACCUGCCCAACUGCGCACACGCUGUGGAGGCGAUGCUGGCCUCAGCGAGCAUCGGUGCCAUCUGGAGCUCCACGUCCCCUGACUUCGGCGUGAACGGUGUCCUGGACCGGUUUUCCCAAAUCCAGCCGAAGCUCAUCUUCUCCGUGGAGGCCGUCGUCUACAAUGGCAGAGAGCACAGCCACAUGGAGAAGCUGCAGCAGGUGGUGAAAGGACUGCCAGACUUGAAGAAAGUGGUGGUGAUCCCGUACGUCACCUCCAGGGAAAAGAUAGACAUCUCGAAGAUUCCAAACAGUGUGUUCCUGGAUGACUUUCUCAGCCUGGGCGCCAGCGAGCAGGCCCCUCAGCUGGAGUUCGAGCAGCUACCCUUCAGCCACCCUCUGUUCAUCAUGUUCUCGUCGGGCACAACAGGCGCGCCCAAGUGCAUGGUGCAUUCUGCCGGGGGCACCCUCAUCCAGCACCUGAAAGAGCACAUGCUUCACGGGGACAUGACCAGCAGCGACGUCCUCCUGUACUACACCACGGCUGGCUGGAUGAUGUGGAACUGGAUGGUGUCCGCCCUGGCCACGGGCGCGGCCGUGGUGCUGUACGACGGCUCCCCGCUGGUGCCCACGCCCAACGUGCUCUGGGACCUGGUGGACAGGAUAGGCAUCACCGUCCUGGGGACAGGUGCCAAGUGGCUGUCCGUGCUUGAAGAGAAAGGCCUGAAGCCAGCGGAAACCCACAGUCUCCAGACGCUCCGCACGCUGCUGUCCACGGGCUCCCCGCUGAAGGCCCAGAGCUACGACUACGUGUACACGCACGUCAAGAGCAGUGUCCUCCUGGGUUCCAUCUCAGGUGGCACUGACAUCAUCUCCUGCUUCAUGGGCCAGAACCCGACCGUGCCUGUACACAGAGGGGAGAUUCAGGCCCGCAACCUGGGCAUGGCCGUGGAGGCGUGGAACGAGGAAGGAAAGGCCGUCUGGGGAGAGAGCGGCGAGCUGGUGUGCACCAAGCCCCUCCCCUGCCAGCCCACGCACUUCUGGAAUGACGAGAACGGCAUCAAGUACAGGAAGGCUUAUUUCUCCAGGUUCCCAGGUGUCUGGGCACACGGUGACUACUGCAGGAUCAACCCCAAGACUGGGGGAAUCAUCAUGCUUGGCCGGAGCGACGGCACGCUCAACCCCAACGGUGUGCGCUUUGGCAGCUCAGAGAUCUACAACAUCGUGGAAGCCUUCGAGGAGGUGAUGGACAGCCUGUGUGUCCCCCAGUACAACCAGGACGGGGAGGAGAGAGUGAUCCUCUUCCUGAAGAUGGCCUCCGGGCACACCUUCCAGCCUGACCUGGUGAAGAGGAUCCGGGACGCCAUCCGCAGCGGCUUGUCUGCGCGGCACGUCCCCAGCCUCAUCCUGGAGACCAAGGGUAUCCCGUACACGCUCAACGGCAAGAAGGUAGAGGUGGCCGUGAAGCAGCUCAUCGCUGGGAGGACCGUGGAGCACCGCGGCGCCUUCUCCAACCCCGAGGCUCUGGACCUGUACCGCGACAUCCCCGAGCUGCGGGACUUCUGACAGGCGCCUGGCGUGUUGUCGGGCCACACCUGUGCACCCUGUGACUUCUGGAUGGUCAAGAAAUUACUCAGAAACCUGCGUUUAAAAGGACCUUUGUACCCACUGCUCUGGGGAGUCAAAUCUGUUUCAGGGUUCAACCUGGUGGAUGCUGGGCGUUCCACCCAUGGAGGGGAUUCUGGCCUUCAGAGGCCACGAGGGAGUGUCUGGGUGCACGUGUGCCACCGUGGUGAGAGCGUGUGUCUCUGCGCACGUGGCGAGCGGUAGGACUGCGGUGCUCUGGCGACAGACACCCCCCCACCCACCCAGCAGCAAUCUUGCCUUCAGCCUUGCACCCUUGCCGCGGGUCACCUGUGAAGGUGCAAUCUGUUUUCUUCCCUCCCACCUCCGGCUCUGGGUUUCCGCAGGGCCCAGCUUCCCUUGCACUUUAGUUGUUACAUGGGCCACUGGACGACUCCUUGCGUCUUUUCCCAGCUGGAUGUUAGGAUCCGUGGGCUGGCCGCUCCCGCCUUGUCAUGCCGUGGACGGGACGCAGUUCCUGGGUGGCCCGUGUGUCACACUCCAACCAAAGAGCACUCUCGACCGACGAGGACCCCGUGGGGCGUGAAUUUCCCUCUGGUGGGCCCUCUGCACCACGCAGACCCGGGAGGCCUUGACAUGUCAGUUAAGUGCUGGUGUGCGUGGGUGUGGGCAGCAGGUGUCCACCCGUGUUCUCUUGGGGUUGCCGGGCAGUGACAGCACAGUCCCCGUGGGUCCCCAGGAGGCAGGACCUGGAUCUCAGGAGGAACGGCAUCAGCACACUGCCUCCACCUGAGAGUUCUAGAAUGUUCACAUUGGGAUCGUGCCAUCCGUGCUUGGGAGUCGAAUCGCGGGUUCUGAUGCCUGGUGGCUUGUUUGCACCUUUCACAGCAUAGUCAUGCGCCCCUGAAACUUUGAUGUCCAUUUUUGUAUUUUUAAAAAACUGAGCACCAGUGGAAUACUUUUUUGAAUACCUUUUCUUCAGGAUUAUAAAAAUAUAAGGAGAACGUGCUGUGAGGAAUUUCAUGCAAUAAAUACACACGUAUGUGUGUGUGCGCGCACCCACC